AUGGCUCCCUUAGCCGAAGUUGGGGGCUUCCUAGGCGGCUUGGAAGGGUUAGGGCAGCAGGUGGGCUCCCAUUUCCUGCUGCCUCCUGCCGGGGAGAGGCCGGCUCUGCUCAGCGAUCGCCUGGCUCAGGCCGAGAGGGGGUCUAGAGGUGGCGGAGGUGCGGCGACUGGGACUGCGGAUUUAGCCCAUUUGCAGGGCAUCCUACGCCGGAGGCAGCUCUACUGCCGGACGGGCUUCCACCUGCAGAUCCUGCCCGAUGGCAGCGUGCAGGGCACCAGGCAGGACCACAGCCUCUUCGGUAUCCUUGAAUUCAUCAGUGUGGCAGUGGGACUGGUCAGUAUUAGAGGAGUGGACAGUGGCCUUUAUCUUGGAAUGAAUGACAAAGGAGAACUCUAUGGAUCUGAGAAACUAACUUCUGAAUGCAUCUUCAGAGAACAGUUUGAAGAGAACUGGUAUAACACUUAUUCUUCCAAUGUGUACAAACAUGGAGACUCGGGUCGGAGGUAUUUUGUAGCACUUAACAAAGAUGGUACUCCCAGAGAUGGGGCUAGAUCCAAAAGACAUCAGAAAUUCACACACUUCCUACCCAGGCCAGUGGAUCCUGAAAGAGUUCCAGAACUCUACAAAGAUGUGUUAGGAUACAGUUGA